AUGUCUGAGACGUUCUUUGAAGCUGCUAUUUGUGCUCUUUUUGAUAGGUGGAGAAAUAGAGGUCCGGUAAAACGUCCUCGAGGCUCGGUCGCUAACCCUCCGGAGAACCGCCUUUCACGCCGGCGAAAUUCGAAAUUCUUCCUUUUCUGCAUGUUCUGGGAUUAUGGGGGAGCUGUGUUGCAAAUCAAACUGCCGUUAAAACUGCUGAGGUCCGUUUCAUUGUCCAUGAGAGACUGUAUGUCGCGGGAACUUCGCAGUCUAUAUAUGGAUACGUUUUACUCGUUUUUGUUUCACUUUGCUUUUCUUAUUGGUCUUCUCAUUUCAAUUCCACCAUUGGUUGAACCCUCUAUUUUUGAACUUAGUUUACACCUUCAGUUCCUCGAAAUCGGUAACGCCCAUGAUCUCAUCGAUUUCUGCAUUUUGUCCGCCUUCAAAAUUUUCAACUGGCAUUGCUUUGCAACUUCACAGGACCUAUUCAACCGCAUUUAUUAUGGACGUUCUAACUCCUGGAUUCUUUCAUACAUACCACCAUUUCUAGAUAGAAUAGAUCAGGUGGAUCUUAAUGAUUGGGAAAGGUGCUGGGGAAGCAGAUUUGGCAGCGGACAUUAUUGUUCAUCAAGAUCCCUUACUUCAGAGUUUGGAAUCAGAAUGCAGUAUACCCUCCAGAUUCUUCCUCUAGCACGGAAAAUCCAACACUAUUCUCAUGACCGCCAAAUUCCAGCACUUUCGAUCUUCCCUUAUUUCAUUAAUGGCCUAGGUUUCAUCGGACUCUAUUCACAGUCUUCUCUUCAUAUGAGCACUACCCCAUACUGGCUCAUGGGGAAGCUUUUGGAUUUUUUUUCAGAAGUUUCACCCUACCAAUUCAUCCACUCCACCAAAUUAUUGGGCAUGUUCAGAAAAGAUCGGUGUACUUAG